AUUAACUUUCUCAUGUCACUUUCUCCCCAUUCUCACUACAUCACAAGAAAACCCUAAAUUAAUUUUAUCAAUUGACACCAUUAUUGAAAGCUUAGGACUAUGAUUUUACGAGCAGAAGGUGAUACAAGUCCUUUCUAUGAUUCUGUACAAGGUGUCUUAAAAAUCAGCAUCAACGUAACCCACAGUGAUAUUAUGAAGCACCGACCUAAAAGACAUUAUUUUGGGGGUUGUGUUCAGUUCAUUGAUUAUGUUGAUGUUUCAGAAAUAAAGUUAUCACAAUUCAAGAUUAUGGCUGAGAUCUGUGGAUAUGAUGAUGAUUUAGUCGCAUUUUGGCACAGAUAUGGUAGACUCGGUGAAAAGAUGAGGCUUGUUUCAACUGAUUUAGAAGCUAAUUUGGUUUUCAAGAACAUCCCUGAAGAUAGAGUAAUUGAGGUUUGCUUUGAGCAUUUAGACUCUUAUAUUGGAAUGGAUGUUGGAAAAACCUUCAACAACGAAGGAGGACUGAAUUUUCUUCAAGUGAUGACGAUUUUGAAGAAUCAGAAAAUGAUUUCUCAUAUGAACAUGACACAUUAG